UUUAUUCAGAUGAGAGUGAAUGGUUUUUAUCAUAGUUUUGACUCCAUUAUUUUAAUUAUUUGCUUAUUUUUCUCUGCAAAAGUUGAAUUUUCCACAAUUAUAAUCAAUUGUUUAUAACUUCACUCGGUUGUUGACACUUUAAAUGAUAAGACAAUUGACACAAUCACUUUAUUGGCUUCUUGAAAUACUAUCGCAACUGCGGUCAGUCAUUACUGGAAAUAAAUACAAAUCGAUUUCAAACUAUUGAUUGGAGAAUUAAGUUUUGCUUUUACAAUGAGCUGUCUUCCGUAUUAUUGCUCGGGUCCAAUUGUUAAAGGCUUUGGACGUGGUUCUAAAGAGUUGGGCUGUCCAACAGCCAAUAUUCCAUUGGAUGUCGUUAAAGCGUUGCCAGAGGAAUUGAAAACUGGCAUCUAUUUCGGAUGGGCAAAUGUUGAUAAUGGGGAAGUUUACAAAGCUGUACUUAGUAUCGGUUGGAAUCCAUUUUACGAUAAUAAAGAAAAAUCCCUGGAAACACAUAUAAUUCAUACAUUUGACACAGAUCUUUAUGGACAAACAUUGAAACUGUGUAUAUGCGGUUAUUUGCGACCCGAAAAAAAUUUCGACUCACUGGAUGCGUUGAUCGCAGCCAUUAAUCAAGAUAUUGAAAAUGCCAAACAACAAUUGGACGCCGAACAAUUUAUAAACUACAAGUUUAAUGACUUUUUUAAAAAUUAACAAUACACAUAAAUUGUUUUUCAUAUUUUUAGAGGAAUUUAAUUAAUAAAAUCUAACUUGCAUUUGUCACAUAAA